AUGGCGGCCCCUUUUCAGCCUCGCGUUGAUGCAACACUCAUGGCAACAAAAUCCUCGACAGCAGCCAUUGCCUACCUUCGAGGCCGAGUUCCUGAAGGCGUCGAUCCCUCGUCGGUAAGGGACACUGACUAUGUGUAUGACCGUGCUUUAACGUCGGACGAACUCCGGGCUCGCCACAUGUACUGGGGUAAGGCUCCUGCGGAGCUGCAGCAGGGCUUGCCCAAGUUCAAUGGGAAGGACUUCUUUCGGACUUCGCCAGGCGGACAGCAUGCAAGGCCUGUCAUAUCCAGUGAUCCAUUCGAGGGCCUGAGCCAGACUGCGACCGUGCUGACGCGCAAUGGACCAGGAUUCUCAACUCAAUCAGAGUCACUCCCACGUCCAGGUCAAGGAUCGUCCGAGGAUCACGAGGAGCUCACCGUGACCACAAACCGCACCAACGCAAAUUCAACGCGCAUCGGUCGCAGCAUGGAGGAGUUGAACCGAGGCUCGCAUGACACCCCUCCCACUUCGUCCGGCAGUGUGAGAGAGAAGUCUUCCGCUGAGGAGACCACUGAUGACGAUCGCGAGAUUCUGUACACCGGUCGCAAAAACAUGGUGAAGAUUGGCCAGCGGAUGCUGCCAAAUGUGAUCAAGAGCUCGACAGGCUCAAAUGCAUCUAUUUCUUCGACCACUGCACAGGGCUUGUUGCCGAACUACUCUGGGCACGCCACAGCAUCGCUCACACCAUCCAUCACAAACAGAAUGUUUUCAAACCUUCGCAACACUAGUAAGAUCGGCCUGGACGAAGCGAGACUGGCUGGCGUGACCACCACAAAGAGCGGCGAGAACUGCCCGCCUAGCGUCAACGUUGAUGAUAUUUUCUGA